AUGGGUAACUUUUUCUCCAAGUUGUUUGCUGGACUCAUUGGUCGUAAGGACAUGAGAAUCUUAAUGGUUGGAUUGGAUGCUGCUGGUAAGACCACCAUUUUGUACAAGUUGAAGUUGGGUGAAAUUGUUACAACUAUUCCAACUAUUGGAUUCAAUGUUGAGACUGUUGAGUACAAGAAUAUCUCAUUUACAGUAUGGGAUGUUGGUGGACAAGCCAAGAUUAGACCAUUAUGGAGAUACUACUACCAAAAUACUCAAGGGAUAAUAUUUGUGGUUGAUUCUAACGAUAGAGAUCGUAUUGCUGAAUCCAGAGAAGAAUUGCAUCAAAUAUUGAAUGAAGAUGAAUUAAGAGAUGCUCUUUUGUUGGUGUUGGCUAAUAAGCAAGAUUUACCAAAUGCUAUGAAUGCUGCUGAAAUCACUGAGAAGUUGGGCUUACACUCAAUUAGACAACGGCCAUGGUUUAUCCAAGCAACAUGUGCUACUUCUGGUGAUGGUUUGUAUGAAGGUUUGGAAUGGUUAUCUACUCAUUUGAAGAAUGCCAUCUAA